AUGUCUUGGCAAGGCGCCGCAAAGGUUCAAGAUGCUGAUGCAGGUGUUUCGUUGCGCUUGACAUUCGCGCUGCUAUGUGCGAAGUGCAGGUCACUCCUCGACACGCAAGUGAGCAAUCAGCUGAACUUGCUAAAAGCGGAAGUGCGCCGCCUCCGCAGCAAGGCUGUUUGUUUCGCCCCAAUGGCGGAGUCGGCACCCCUUCGAAUCGGUCUCAUUGGCUCGACUCGCGGCUCGUCCUCCCAGCUGACCUUCGAUUCCAUCAAGAGCGGCGAGCUGAACGCGAAGAUAGUGGUGGUGAUCUCCAACAAGGGAGAUGCGGGCAUCCUGGAGCGGGGUCGAACGGAAGGCGUGAAGGCCGUCCACGUUCCCUGCAAGAAGGGGACGCCGCGGGCCGAGUAUGAUGCCACAGUGACAGCGGCCCUGCGUGAGGAGGGCGUGGAGCUGGUGAUGCUGUGUGGUUUCAUGCGCAUUGUGAGCCCGGAGUUCUGCAGGGAAUGGGAGGGCCGCUGCAUCAAUAUCCACCCAAGCCUCCUCCCAAAGCACGCCGGUGGCAUGGACCUGGAGGUGCACAAGGCCGUGAUCGAUGCCAAGGAGACGGAGAGCGGCUGCACUGUGCAUCUGGUCACGGAGGAGGUGGACGGUGGACCCGUGGUGGUGCAACGGAAGGUGGUCGUGGAGCCUGGCGACACACCAGAAACCCUCAAGGCAAAAGUUCAGGCGCAGGAAGGCCCUGCUUUCAUCGAUGCCAUCAAGGCACGGGGGAAGCACUGCUUGCCCGUCCGGGGAGGCAACCCGGAGCGGCGCCUCUUCAAGAGGACGUCUGUCUGCGGCAACUGCGGUCGAGAGAUUCCAACCGCCAACUUGGUGUCGCACAGCAACAACUACAGGUGCCCAGCUUGUGACGAAGUGAUCGCAGUCCGAGACAAGGAGAGCCACGUGGAGCAGUGGACGGAUGGGGCGCGCUUGUUGGAUGCCGUGGGCCGCCGGGACGCUGCCAUGAUCCAGUGCAUGGCGGCACAUGGCAUCGACUUCUGCUCGGCCGCACACCCCGAGACACAGGACUCGGUCCUGCAUGCUGCAGCUGGUCUCGGAGAUGUGGAGCUCAUCAGCUUCUUUAUGGGCUACGGUGUGGAGGCGGGAGGUGCAGCCAUGACUCUUAAUUAG